UCGCAUUUUAACAGAUAUUUGGGUUAAAUUAGGUGAACAGUUUAUAAUGUUUGGUGAGAAAGCCUUGGAUUUAAUACGUGAAGUUCAUCGGACCAGAGAAGGCUCACUUGGUCCAUACAAUGAAGAUGGUGUUCGACAAGUCUUGGAAGAAAUGCAAGUUUUGUACGAAGCCAACCAACAAGAUGUCGCUCAACUUGUACAAAACGAUUCCGACCAAACCUCUUUAACUGCCGUUCAAAUACGACACGACAGUUUGCAACGAAACAAACGAUGUUUGCUCGCUUAUCUAUACAACCGAUUACAAAAGAUCCGCGCUUUACGUUGGGAGUUUGGAAGUGUGUUGCCUACUGAUGUAAGAGGGAACAUGUCUCCAAAAGAAAUAGAAUGGUUCACCAAAUACAACCGUGCGCUCGCAAACUACAUGAGAUCACUUGGGAACGGAGGACUUGAUCUUACUCAGGACUUGCACCCUCCACAAAACGUUCACAUUGAAGUUCGCUGUGUAGAAGAUAAAGGUGAACUUGAACUGGACGAUGGCUCAAAAAUUCUCCUCAAAAAAAAUUCUCUUCAUUACCUACCGAGGUCUCAGUGCGAGCAUUUGAUACGACAAGGUGUCCUUAAACACGUCACUUGAUCUCAGCUUUUCUACAUGUUUUAUUGGCCACCCGAGAAGGCACACACACGUUAGUUAGUUCUCAUCAUACAUUGCACAGAGACUAUACUGCAUGGCAGGCAUCUAUAAUUUUACAAAACAGUGAAAGGCACGCCUCUGCCUGAGUUCACGAAGCUCGAUCUCCCAUCUCAACCUUCCAAGGUUAUUCUCACAUCUCGUGUUCCCUCCGGUAAUUCUCCCAUCUCUCAUCGUCGCUUUCAUGCGUGAGAUAUCUCUUCCCAACCUGCUUCUCCAACUGCCGAAGAUCCUGCCAGCAUUGGUAGUCCUGCAAGAAAUCUUUGUUUAAUUCUUCACAGAAAAGUCACCUUUGCAUAAAUAGAAGGAAAUUAUAUCACAAUUUAUGGUUUCAUUCAAAUAGAUUUUGGCCAGCAUUGAUGAUCCUGUAACAAGAUUUUUUGUUUACAUCUUGCGUAAAUAAGGGAGCUAAUCCACGAUUGAUGUUUUUAUAUUCAGGUUUUGCGGGAUUGAUAAUCUUGCAAGCACAAUCUUUUAUUGUUAACCAGCUCUUCAUUUUUUACUUCACUGCUUUCUCAUCCUUAUACUAACAUAAAAAAGAGUAAAAUACAGUUUGCAACAAUUUCA